AUGGCUCUAAAGGUCCACAUGCAUGGUCCUGUGUGUCUCAUUGAGAAUGCAAAAGGACAGCUGAGACCAAAUCAGAAUGCGCUGGAGAUCCUGUCGGCCAUCACACAGCCUGUGGUGGUGGUGGCCAUCGUGGGCCUCUACCGCACAGGAAAAUCCUACCUGAUGAACAAGCUGGCUGGGAAGAAAUCGGGCUUUGCUUUGGGCUCCACAGUGCAGGCUCAUACAAAAGGAAUCUGGAUGUGGUGUGUGCCUCAUCCCCACAAGAAGGACCACACACUGGUACUGCUUGACACCGAGGGCCUGGGCGAUGUUGAGAAAGGAGACAACCAGAAUGACUGCUGGAUCUUUGCCCUGGCUAUACUUCUAAGCAGCACCUUUGUGUACAACAGCAUGGGACCCAUCAACCAGCAGGCCAUGGACCAGCUGCACUAUGUGACCGAGCUGACAGAUCGGAUCAGAUCAAGGGCCUCACCUGACCAGGAGGACGAGGUGGAGGACUCAGCUGAGUUUGUGAGCUUCUUCCCUGACUUUGUGUGGAGCCUGAGGGAUAUGACCUUGAAACUGGAAAUAAAUGGAGUCCGCGUCACAGCAGAUGAGUACCUGGAGAAUUCGCUGAAGCUCAAGGAAGGUACCUGCAAAGAGGUUGAAAAAUACAACUUGCCCCGACUCUGUAUUCGAAAGUUCUUUCCAAAGAAGAAAUGUUUUAUCUUCUAUCCACCCACUGAGUGGAAAAAGCUUCCCCUGCUGGAGUCUCUGCAAGAAAAUGAAAUAGAUUCUGAUUUUUUGCAGCAAGUAGCGGAAUUUUGUCUGCACAUCUUUAAGCAUUGCAAAGCCAAAACUCUUCCGGGAGGCGUACCUGUCAAUGGCCCACGACUAGAAAGCCUAGUGCUGACCUAUGUUGACUCCAUCUGCAGUGGAGAUCUGCCCUGCAUAGAGAACGCAGUCCUGGCUUUGGCAAAGAUAGAGAACUCAGCCGCAGUGCAAAAGGCCAUUGCCCACUAUGACCAGCAGAUGCACCAAAGGGUGCAGCUGCCCACAGAGACUCUCCAGGAGCUGCUGGACCUGCACAGGGCCAGUGAGAGAGAGGCCAUAGAAAUCUUCCUCAGGACUUCCUUUAAAGAUGAAGACCAUGCAUUUCAAAAGGAACUGGGGUCUCAGCUAGAAGAACGGUGGGAUGACUUCUGUAAACGCAAUCUGGAAGCAUCAUCAAACCGUUGCCGGGCAUUGCUUCAGAAUAUCUUCAAACCUCUUGAAGAAGGUGUGAGGCAAGGCACUUACUCUAAGCCAGGAGGUUAUGGCCUCUUUGUUCAGGAAACACAGAGACUGAAGAAAGAGUACUAUGGACAACCAAAGAAGGGCAUACAGGCUGAAGAAGUUCUACAGACAUACUUACAAUCCAAGGAAGCCGUUUCUAAUGCCAUUUUACAGACAGAUCAGAGUCUGACUGAAAAGGAAAAGGAGAUUGAAGGUAAGAAAUGA